AUGCAAUCCCCGAGAAAGAGAUGCAUUUUCACAGAUCAAACAAGGCUUCAACAACCCGGAAGCCUUGGCCUCAUGAGAUCCAACAACCGAUUGUUGUUCUUGGUUGAAUGUUCAAUGCGACCUCAGCCACGUCAUUGGUCUCACAAUUUUCUUUUCUCAAAUCUCCGGCCAAAUCUCGCCGGCUAUCGGCAACGUCCGGUAUAUCCAAGCACUCCAAAUAUUAGAUUCUACAAAUGUCACAUGAACCAUCCCCUCCACCAUCACUCGGCUUACUCUGGUUCAAUUCCGAGUUCCCUUUCAAGACUCCAAAACAUCGUCAACCUCCACUUGGAAAACAACCGUCUAACCGGACCUAUCCCGGAAUCCUUCGACCACUUUGCCGGAGAAACUCCCAAUCUUUUCCUGUCCAACAAUUUUCUCUCCGGCCCACUUCCGAAAUCCUUAGGCUACGUGAACUUCACCACUGAAUUUGACUUGUCAUUCAACAAUCUCACCGGCGACCCGACACUGUUGUUCGGGAAAAAUAUGACGCUGAAUUAUAUUCUGCUGAACUACAACUUGUUUGAGUUCGAUCUUUCCAACGUGCAGUUUGAUGUGAGCUAUAACAAACUCUGCGGGCAAAUUCCUCAAGGCGGCAACCUUCAGAGCUUCGGCUCCACCGCUUACAGCCAUAACAAAUCCUUCUACGGUGCUCCCCUUCCUGCCUGCGGCUAG